UUUUGAACUUGGGAUGUUUGGGUUUUCUUGCAAUAGAGGAUUAUCAUGCAAUGAUUUACUCUCUCUAUAAACACUUGCCAAUUCACUUAAAAGCUCUUCAUUCCAACUGCCUCACGUAGCUUCUUCUUAUCAAACCGAGAAUGAAACUCUUACCCGCAAAGACACUUCCCAACCUGUUCGUUACAUCCCAAUGUCUUUUUGUCUUCUGCGUCGUCCUCGCUUUUGUCUCUCCUUUUGAUUCCACUGCUUUUUCUUCUUCUUCAACUAAGAAAGAAGUUGGAGAAGAAGGAAUGGAAGCAGCGGCUCUCUUGGCAUGGAAAGCUAGCCUUGACACCCAAAGCCAAUCUCUCCUCUCCUCAUGGGUUUUCGGAAGCAACCACUGCAAUUGGAUUGGAAUUGGUUGCAACAAGGCAGGCAGAGUCAUCACUCAUAUUGAUCUUGAGAGUUAUGGCUUAAGAGGUACACUUUCGAAUCUUAAUUUCUCAUCCCUCCCUCAUCUUCUCCGCUUUGAUCUUACAAACAACUCGGUUUAUGGAACCAUCCCCUCCCCCAUUGGUAGCCUUUGGAGACUCACCCAUCUUAGCCUGUCCGCCAACCGUCUCUCUGGCACAAUUCCACCUGGAAUAGGCCAAUUGUCUAAUCUGAAGACCUUGGAGCUGCACCAAAAUCAAAUAGGUGGCUCCAUCCCCUACGAAAUUGGAUUGCUCCUUUCUCUUAUUGAGCUCAAUUUGAAUUCAAACAAUCUCACUAGUUCAAUUCCUGCUUCUAUGGGUAACUUGGUCAACUUAACCACUUUGCACCUUUACAAAAAUCAUCUGUCUGGGUCUAUCCCUGAAGAAGUUGGGAUGUUAAGGUCCCUCACUGAACUCGAACUCGAUACGAACAAUCUCACAGGUUCAAUCCCUGUUUCAAUAGGGAACUUGGCAGCCUUAACCACUCUGCAACUAUACAGAAAUCAUCUUUCCGGCUCAAUCCCUGAGGAAGUUGGGAUGUUAAUAUCCCUCACUGAUCUCGAACUCAAUACGAACAAUCUCACGGGUUCAAUCCCUACUUCUAUAGGAAACUUGGCCAACUUAAUCACUCUUUACCUUCAUAGAAACCAACUUUCCGGGUCAAUCCCUGAAGAAGUAGGAAUGCUAAGGUCUCUCAUUGAUCUCGCUCUUUGUGGGAACAAUCUCACUGGCACUAUCCCUGCUUCUAUCGGGAACUUGGUCUACUUAACCGGUCUUUACCUUUACGAAAAUCAUUUGUCCGGGUCGAUCCCAGAAGAAGUUGGGAUGCUUAGGUCCCUCACUGAUCUCGAAAUCAAUACGAACAAUCUCAUGGGUUCAAUCCCCACUUCUAUAGGGAACUUGACAACCUUAACCAUUUUGCAACUACACCAAAAUCAUCUUUCCGGGUCAAUCCCUAAAGAAGUUGGUAUGGUAAAGUCCCUCACUGAUCUCCAUCUGUCACACAACAAUCUCACUGGUUCAAUCCCUACUUCUAUAGGGAACUUGGUCAACUUAACCGGUCUUUACCUUAAUGAUAAUCAGCUUUCUGGAUCAAUCCCCGAUGAAGUUGGGAUGCUAAGGUCUAUGAUUGAUCUUGACCUCGCAACAAACAGUCUCACGGGUUCAAUCCCUGCUUCUCUAGGGAAUCUUGAAUUCCUUGAGUAUUUGCGUUUGUUUGAGAACCAACUUACUAGAUCUAUUCCCCCACACUUGAAUAAUCUAACAAUUUUGAGGCUUUUUUAAGUGGAUGAUAACAUGUUUACAGGCCAUUUACCAGAAAACCUAUGCUUGAGUGGAUCACUGGAAAAUUUUACAGCUCAUACAACAAUUUCAGCGGGUUCAUACCGAAAAGCUUGAAAAAUUGUAGUAGCUUACAUAGGGUCAGGCUUGAGGGAAACCAAUUUUCGGGAAACAUAUUAAAGGGUUUUGGAGUAUACCCAAACUUGGAUUAUAUUGAUUUGAGUGACAAUAAUUUUUAUGGAGAGCUCUCUCAACAAUGGGGAAAGUGCCAUAGGUUAACGAGUCUCAAAAUGUCAAACAACAAUAUUUCUGGAGGGUUACCACCUGAAUUCGUAGAGGCAACUCAACUGUCUCUAAUUGAUCUCUCUUCAAAUCAUCUAGUUGGAGAGAUCCCAAAGAAAUUUGGAAGUUUGGUUUCAUUGUUCUAUCUUAAGUUGAGUAAUAACCAACUAUCAGGUAACAUUCCUGUAGAACUCGGUCACCUUGGAAACUUAGAGACUCUAAAUUUAGCAGCAAAUAAACUAAUUGGCUCAAUCCCUCGAGAGUUAGGGGACUGCAU